CCUCCUCCCCAUACACAGUGCGGUACUCUCCCGUUUAUCGCCUAGGUAGUGCGGUAGUGCAGUAGUAUCUCAGAUAUAUCUGAUAAUCGCUCUGCACCGUUACUACCUCUUCUUCCCUUUCCACCUCAAUUCUCCACUCUCCACUCCACCACUCCCACCAAUUCCUUCCCAUUCCCUCCGCCGUGCGUUGAGCGAUUGUCGAAGCCUGCUUUCUUCCACCAGAAAGACACCAUGCAGGGCGUCGUGCGUUCUGGUGCUCGAUUGGCAGCUCGCUCGUCCCGCCGAGUCACCACAUCGGGAGCUCUUCGCACCCUCCCACGAGCCCUCCUCCCAGCCACGAGCCGCCUCUACACCUCCUCCGCCGACAGUCGAGAUGCUACCUCCAUGCGAUCUGCCUUCAUGAGCCUGCUCGGAAGCGUCAGUUCCCGCCGCGAAAUCGAUCAGUACCUCGCCCAGUUCAAGUCCGUUUCCUCGCAGCAAUUCGCUGUCGUUAAGGUCGGCGGCGCCAUUCUUACCGACCACAUUGAUACACUAUGCCUUGCUCUGCAGCAUCUAUACGCCAUGGGUCUUUACCCUAUCAUUGUCCAUGGAGGAGGCCCCCAAAUGAAUAAGAUACUUUUGGACGCUGGUGUGGAGCCAGAGUUCAUUGAUGGCAUCCGUGUCACCGACAAGAAGACUCUAGGCAUUGCCAGGAAACUCUUCUUGGAGGCCAACAUGGACUUGGUCUUGAAGCUCAGGCAAGAUUGGGGCAUUCCCGCCAGGCCCAUCACCGCUGGCGUGCUCCAGGCCGACUACCUCGACAAGGAAAAGUGGAAGUACGUUGGCGACAUCACCAAGGUCAACUCCAGGCCCAUCAUCGAUGCUCUCAAGGCCAAGGAGUUGCCUAUUCUCUGCUCCAUGGCCGAGACCGAAGACGGCCAGAUUCUCAAUGUAAAUGCCGAUGUUGUCGCCGGCGCAUUGGCCCGAUCGCUGGAACCACUGAAGAUCGUCUAUCUCUCCGAGAAAGGCGGUCUCUUCAAUGGCGAUACCGGCAAGCUUAUCUCGACCAUCAACUUGGACGAGGAGUACGACACGCUCAUGCAGCAAGCGUGGGUCAAAUAUGGCACGAAACUCAAGAUUGUGGAAGUCAAGAAGCUAUUGGACGACCUCCCCAAGACCUCCAGUGUGGCCAUCAUCCACCCGCAAUACCUUGAGAAGGAGCUCUUCACGCACACCGGUGGCGGUACUUUGAUCCGCAAGGGCGAGAGCAUCCAGUCGGUCACCAAGUACGAGGAUUUCGAGGAUGUCCGCGCACUCAGGGCUGCACUACUCAGGGACCGUGAGAGCAUGGACUCUGGCGAUGUCAUCGAUCGUUUCUUGAACAACCUCAAGGAUCGUCCAUUUGAGGCUUUCUUCGACGAUUCUAUGGGUGCCGUUGCGAUUGUUUACCCCCCUUCGAAUGACUCGGAUUUCGCUCAGCUCUCGGUAUUCACCACGACCAAGGAUGCAUUCCUCACCAAUGUGGCCGACAACAUCUUUGAUCGCAUGAAGAAGAAGUACCCCAAGAUGUCCUGGACGGUCGAGACCCACGACGAGAACCUAGGUUGGUUCAAGGAGAAGGCCGACGGUACCCUCCGCCGUGACAAGGACAUCUUCUGCUUCUGGGGAUCAGCAAGCCCGCAAGAGGUUGUUUCCUUGAUGAGCGAGUUCUCUGAGCAUGGCCGAGGCAUGUUUGGUGGCCAGAACCUUGACGCACAGCUUCGACGAGCCGCCGACUACGCAGCCAGCCUCAAGCAGGGACAGCAGGUUCGCAAGUACUCCACCAUGGCCCCUCGAUCUCAGGCAUGGGGACAACAGUCAAGGCCAACUGUGCGAUCCAGCCGCAAUACACCUUCCUCCCGAGGCUUCGCAACCAGCGCGCCCCGCUCCGUCGAGACCACCAACCCAAAUCCUCCUUACAACCUCAAGUUCAAGAGCAGGGACUGGCCGGCAAAGGUUGCUUUGAUUGGUGCUCGUGGUUACACUGGACAAGCUCUCAUCGACCUUCUCAACCGCCACCCCAACAUGGAUCUCAGGCAUGUCUCUUCCCGCGAGCUUGCUGGCAAGCAGCUCGAAGGCUACACGAAGCGCAACAUCACCUACGAGAACCUCUCCCCUGAAGACGUUAAGAAGAUGGCCGAGAAGGGUGAGAUCGACUGCUGGGUCAUGGCUCUUCCCAACGGCGUCUGCCAACCUUUCGUUGAUGCUGUCAACGAGGCCGGCAACCCCGAGACCGUCAUUGUGGACUUGAGUGCCGAUUACCGAUUCGACUCUUCAUGGACGUACGGUCUCCCAGAGCUCGUCGACCGACGAAAGCUUUCCAAUGCCACUCGGAUAGCAAACCCCGGCUGCUAUGCCACCGCUGCUCAACUUGGUAUUGCACCUCUUCUCGAGUUCGUUGGUGGCCAACCCACUGUAUUCGGUGUCUCUGGCUAUUCGGGUGCUGGUACUAAGCCAAGCCCGAAGAACGAUGUGAAGAACCUGGAGAACAACCUCAUCCCUUACAGCUUGGUUGGCCACAUCCACGAGAAGGAGAUCUCGGCACAGCUUGGAACGGAUGUUGCCUUCAUCCCCCACGUUGCUUCUUGGUUCCAGGGUAUCUCUCACACCAUCUCCAUCCCGCUCAACCGCACAAUGACCUCCCGAGACAUCCGUAACCUCUACCAAGAUCGCUACGCAGGAGAGAAGCUCGUCAAGAUCACGGGAGAGUCGCCCUUAGUCAAGGCCAUCUCCGGCAAGCACGGCGUCGAGAUCGGCGGAUUCGCCGUCCACGGCUCCGGCAAGCGCGUCGUCGUCAACGCCACCAUUGACAACCUCCUCAAGGGCGCCGCGACCCAAUGUCUGCAGAACAUGAACCUCGCACUUGGUUACGGCGAGUACGAGGGCAUCCCUUACUAGUCCCGCGACACGUUUCGCACGCUACACGGCGGCGAGGGAUGAUCACACAUAUAUGUUGAUGAUAAUGUUGUUGCAGUAGAGUCGUGUUUUGGAGUAUGAUAUGACAUUGAGCUCCUUAGGGGUUCACUAGACCACCAUUGUAUUAAACUACUUUUUCCAUCACCUUCAUCUAUUUUUUUUUCACUCGUGUCUAUGAGAUCAGGGGGGUUGUUGGAGUUCAAGUAGUAGUCUUCCUUGGUUUAUCCCACGUUUGGGGAUGAGCUGAGGAGAGAGUGAGAAAAACGAACAAGAAAUGAACAUAUACACAGAGAAAUGACGACUCACACCGAUAUGUAUGAUGAAUUGAUGAUAUAUUUGUACCAACGCAACACGAGGGAAGUAAUGCAACGCACUGAUGAAAAACUCCUCACAUCUUUGUCGUGUAUUGUACUGUACAUAUCUAC